UCGAAUGUCAUUGAAGUUCUGAAGUUCUGAGCACUUGUAACGGUUUGUAAAGGAUGAUGCCGGAAGCAAAAAAGAACUCUGAGAAAGGAAACAUGCUGACAUGUUGAAAAAGAAUGAAUUAAGUAAGUGAAAGAAACAGGAACAUAAUGUAUCAAGUCGUACCCGGAGGAGCCGGGGGCACCAUCACGGAUGGUGUGCCUAUCAAGAAAAUAAACAAGGAGAGCCGGCCACUGGUAGGCGCCGGAGUUCUGGGUCUGGUCCUGGUCAUUGCCGCUGUGACGGCAUGGUGUUAUUAUUUUGCCUCCUUUCGUAAAGCUGAUCUGUUAAAGACUGAGCUGUUGGACCUGAAUAAGGAUGGCUUUCUCAUUCGCAACCACGCAGGGGGGAUUGUAUUCAAGAUGGCGUUCAGGUCUGGAACACUCGACCUGGACUCCUGCUCUAAGCAGGGCGUGAUCCUCCGAUGCUCUCGCUCCAAUGCCGGCCGAAUCAAUUUCUUCAUUAUGACGGUGGAGCCCAAAAAGACGGUCAUGUGCUAUCGCGUGCGCUGGGAGGAGCUGGAUUCCGAUCGACCCGUGAUGCACGCCAUGUCCUACAACGGCUCACACUGGUACGGAGGUUCCGAGUCCGCCGUGCAGCACUGGCCCAUCGCCAUCUCAGGCCAGCAAGCGCCCAAGCCGUUCGUCACCAGCGACGUUUAUUCCAACCGCAACGACUUCGGGGGCAUCCUGGAGCGCUACUGGCUGUCAUCCAACGCCACCGCUAUUAAGAUCAACGACUCGGUGCCCUUUCACCUGGGCUGGAACGAUACAGAGAGGUCGUUAUACUUUCAGGCACGAUAUCAAGACAGUCCAUACAAGCCUUUGCCCGGGAUGCCGCCUUAUGCCGAGCUCAGCUACCGUGUGUGUGUUGGACAAGACGUAACCUCUAUACACAAGGUCAUGGUCCGCAGGUACUUCCCAAAGCCCAACAAGGUACCGUUAGAAGCCACGUUCCGCUACCCUAUAUGGUCCACCUGGGCUCUACACAAAACGGACAUUAACCAGGAGAAGCUUUUAAACUAUGCAGAGAAUAUACGAACCCAUGGCUUUAACUGCAGCCACAUCGAGUUAGACGACCGCUACACCACCAAGUACGGCGACUUUGAAUUCGAUCCCGAAAAGUUCCCCAACGCCUCCGGGAUGUUCCAAAAACUAAAAGCAGAUGGCUUUUUGGUGUCAUUGUGGACGCACCCCUUUGUAAACUACGACUCCGCCAACUUUGGCCCGUGCGCACAUAAGGGCCUGUUCGUGAUGGAGCCCACCGGGCAGCUUCCCGCCCUGGUGCGCUGGUGGAACGGCAUCGGAGGCAUCCUAGACUUCACCAACCCAGAGGCUCGGAACUGGUUCACCUCUCACCUCCGAGCUCUCCGCACCAAAUACGGAGUGUCCUCCUUCAAGCUGGACGCUGGCGAGACCAACUACCUCCCCUGGCGCUUCAGGACACGCGCCCAUCUCCCAGACCCCAGCACGUUCACGCGGCGCUAUACGGAGAUGGCCUUGCCGUUCAACGAGCGGGCGGAGCUGCGAUCAGGCUACGGGUCACAAAACGUGUCCUGCUUUUUCCGCCUCAUCGACCGAGAUUCUGUGUGGGGCUACGAGCUCGGUCUGAAGUCGAUCAUCCCCACUGUGCUUACCAUCAGCAUCCUGGGUUACCAGUUCAUCCUGCCUGAUAUGAUCGGAGGCAACGCGUACGCCAACCGAACCUACAAAAACGGCAAACUCCCUGAUCGUGAGCUGUACAUCCGCUGGCUGGAACUGUCCGCCUUCAUGCCCGCCAUGCAGUUCUCCAUCCCGCCAUGGGAGUACGACUCGGAGGUGGUGGCUAUCGCCAAGCGCUUCACUGAACUUCACGAGACUCUCGUGGCACCCAGAGUUCUGGAACUGGCGGGCGAGGUUCUCAACACCGGCGACCCCAUCAUCCGCCCUCUGUGGUGGAUAGCCACCGACGAUGAAACCGCCUACCGUGUGGAUUCACAGUUUCUCAUAGGGGACGAUCUGAUGGUGGCACCAGUGCUGGAGCCUCACAAGCAAGAAAGGGAUAUUUACCUCCCGCGCGGUCGCUGGAGGAGCUACAAGGGAGAGCGCUACGAUAAUAAAGAACCCAUGCAUCUUACAGAUUACGCCGUGGACCUUGAUGAGAUUGCAUACUUUAUUUGGGUUCAGUAAUGCAGUUUCUCGCAUUUUCCAGGGCGUUGAACCACAUGCUGAAUUGUGUGAUAAGCUAUCGUGCUAAAAUGCUGUUAGAAUAAAACACUUCUGUGGUAGAGAAGCAAACACUUUAUAAACGACUGUCACUAAUUUCAUUUUCAGC